AGGGAGUAGUGACAUCCAGCUUGAGAUAAACAUUCUGCUUGUGGCGAUGUUGAUGAAUGAAUAUAGCGUUGCAAUUGUUCCUUAAUCCGUGAUGUGAGUAGUGACAUUCAGCUUGAGAUGAAUGUUCUGCUUGUGCCAAGUUUGAUGAAUAAAUAUAUGCUUAGAAGUAUUCUCGAAUCCGCGACCUGUACAGUUUGAUUUGUUGUCAGUAUUCUCUUCAGUGGAAGUUGAGGUUUAGGAAGGAAUCCGUGAUGAAGUUUAUUCUUUAAUCUUUAGUAUGAAUUAUUGAAUGGGCUGUGCGUAGCAUGCUUUUGUAUAAUUGAGAUAAAUGACAACAUAAAUUAUGUGUAGCAUUCUUCAAGCUCGUAAUUUGUAAUGCAAUUGGUGAAGGUGCGAGGUUGGUGAUGGGGAAGUAAGGUGGAUGAAUGUGUCGAUGACGGGAAGCAUUCUUGUUUUAUGAAAAUUGAGGAGAAAUAUGCAGUUGCACAAUGCAAACCGGCGGAUAACGAGUGUGUUGAAUUACGCGUGGUAGGUAUCAUAUGUGUGAGAAGUUGGUAUAUGAUUUGAGAUGAAGUAGUAUGGUGUAGCCAUACCGAUGUGUCUGGGUUUUGAAGACUCUUUGAAAAAUAUCAACCGAUAGGCUUAGGUUUAAUUUUGGCUCUGAAAAGAGCAAGUGAACUUUCCAUUGUUGUGCGAUGAUAUUCUUGAAGUGAGAUGUUUUCUUUUGUUAUGAUUAGAACUGUCUUUACUGUGAUCUCUUUGUUGGACAAUAGACUUUUGUGAAACUUCGAUCAUUUAAUAUCUAACUUCGUUCACAUAGGAUGUUCAUAAGUUCUGAAUAUUGACGCAAAUUAGUUUUUUGGGUAGAUGGAGUAUGAUGUCUGACUGAAUCUACCUUUAUGCGAUUUGAUUCCGCAUAUAGACGUUUCAAAUGGAAAAGUACUGUGACAUCUUCUCUCUAUAAGCAGUAGUAGAAAUAAAAGCAUAUAAUGCUCAGUUAAUCAAAAUAAGUUAACAAAUACUUUAUUUAAAGUGAUGAGCUCAUAUGAAAUAAAAAGUACAGUAGGAAUCCAUCAGUGGUUAUCGUGAGCGUUUAUUUGAGCCUGCUAGCAAGCCACUGGCGAGUGAUGACUCGCACUUUAUGUUCAAUAAACAGUUGAGAGUGAACUGAAGUACAGGAGGCACCGGGCGUCCAGUAAAACAGUACAGACUAAAACCAGAAACUUCCGUUUUGUAAAGUGGUUAUACGUUUCCUUCAAUAUCAGUUGCUAAUUCUGGAUAAAAUUUGACUGAUCAUUGAAGUUAUGACUUAUAAAUAAACCCCUAUCGAAAAUAUAUAGGAAACAUAAAAAGAAGAACUACGAAGAAUGUAGUUUUCUAGUUUUACACAGUUAAAAAGUAGAUUGGACAAAGAAUAGAAAAAAAAUAGCUUGUGAUAACGAUGAAAAAAUGAUUGAAAUUUCUAAAUACUUGGCAAAGUAGUAAUAAGUAAUUAGUAGAAAACUUAGUCAUGAUAUUUAUCUGACAUUUUUGCGUGUAUAUAUAUUUAUUUGGAACAGCUGGUGACCUCUUCGGUCCUUACAGUACAGCAGUAUAGAGAAAUAAAAUAUGAAGAUAAAGAAUAGAGAACAAGGCAAGUUAAUGAAAGACAACGCAUUAAUUCAUGCUUCCGCAGGGAGUUUAACAAAUGAAAAUGUAUCAUUUAAUAGAUAGAUCAGAAAAAAAGAAAAGAACAAUAAUAAUAAUAAUAAAAUAUUAUAAUAAUUAUAAUUAUAAUGAACGGCACAGAGAACUUUGUGCAGAAAAGUGCAAAAACUUUCCACUUAACUAUUUUACUUUUUUAGAUAUCCAGAAUCUUCCAAUUAUUAAAAAGAUGCAAUCAAAGAGAGAAGAAAAUAAUAAAACAAAAGGACGAGAGAGGGUGUAGGUGUGGGUAUGGGUAUGGGUAUGGGUGUGGGUGCAUGGGUGGGAGUGGGAGUGGGGAUAUGGCCGUGACAGCGAAGAGACUCAUACCAGCACCCACACUCACACCCACACCCACACCCACACCCAUCCCCACAAACCCAAACCCAUACACAUCCACACCUACACCCAGAUCCACACGCACCCAUACCCACACUCACACCCUCAUCCAAGCUCCAAAACAGAUAUGUUCAAGAAUAAACAAGCUAUGCAACAUAUUAUACACUAUAGGGCGUACAAAACAUUAUAGACAUCGACAAUCGUUAAACUCAAAGUUCUCAAAGAUCAAAUAUGCCAAAUCUGCUGCUAAAACAAAACUUAGCACAGAAAAAAGAGAUGCUUGGAAAUGCUCGUGGAAGAGAUCGGUAACAGUGUCAAAAAAGAGCGAGAUUUAUAGUUAGUAAUUGAAUGCUUCCUGUGUGUGCGUGUGGAUGUUUUCUAGAUCCACAACCGCACACAUAUCCAUAUCUACAGUCACAGUCACACCCACAUCCAUGCCGUAGUUUCUAUAAUGGGACUCAACUAAUCAAGUUCAGCUUUGUGUACAUGCCUAUGUUUGUCAGUUUCUUGUGAUCUAACAAGGUUACUAUCAAUCGAGUACUAAUAUGUAUUCAUUUAGUGCAAACCAUUCAUGCCAAGGGUCGUAUUAUUAUACACUGCAGUUCCAUCGAUGAGCAAAGGUGUAAACAUAUUGUCAACCGAAUAAAUGAGACAGGAUAUUAUCUGGAACUCAAUGGCAAACUGACAGAUUCGGAUACUGAGUUGAAGACUCACGCUAUCAUUUGUUGUUUAAGUAAAAACUACGAAAGUGACUCAAAUAAACAAGCUGAACUUCAAUACGCUUUCAAGUCUCAGCAUCAUCUGAUUCCUAUUCUUAUUGAACAUGGUUUUGAAGUGGAACAACCAUGGCUACGGCACAUUCUCGAAUCAUCAGUAACAUCUGUAAUCAAUUUUUCUGAAUCUAACAACACGUUCAAUGAUGCCUGUAAGGAAUUACUUUGCGUAUUAUCCCAGCUCGAAGAUAGUGAUGAUGAUUCGAUAAAAAAAGCUUCCAAUUAUUUGAAAAUCUAUCAAGUAUGUUACAAGCAGGGUUGGAAUAAUAUACCUAAAUUACUCUUCUACAUUCCUGAUAUUCUUUUUCACUAUGCUAUUGAUAAACGACAACCAAACAAUGUGAUAAAAAUGAUUCAUCUAAUGUACACACUCAAUGAUCAACUUAACAGCAACGCCCAAGCACAAAUUAAUGGUUUUCAACAAUGGCUAACAAGUUCAGAUCAAACAAAUCCGACAAACGACAAUAUUGAAGAUGAAGACACGAAUAAUCAACCACGAUUACUUCAUAAAUCUCAAGAACAUCAUACUCAAAUGAAAUCAGUAGAGGUAUAA